AGCCCGCGGACGGUGUUAGGCCGGUAGCGGCCCCUGGCUCGACGGGACCCGGUCUCCUCGGAGUCCGGUUGUUUGGGAAUGCAGCCCAAAGCGGGUGGUAAACUCCAUCUAAGGCUAAAUACCGGCACGAGACCGAUAGUUGACAAGUACCGGAGGGAAAAAAAAAAAAAAAAGGCUAAGUGAAGAAGGGAUAAAGAAAAAGACAAGAAGAAAGAGGAAAGAAAGGAAAGGAAAGAAAAAAGGAAAAAAAUAACAAGCCAAAAGAUGGCAUCAAAAAAAGCGCCAGAAAAAUCUACAAAAAGAGAUAAAAGAGAGGAUAAAAAAGACAGAGCGGAAAAAAGACUGUCCUUUUUUUCUCCUCAAACUUCAAAACCUGAAAAAGGAAGAUCAGAUAUAGAUGCCGCAAUGAAUAGAUCAAGCUCAGGUGAAGAGGAACAACAUAGCAUGACUCUACCUCCCUCAGAUCCAUUACCACAAAUUCAAGAAUAUAUGAAUAUGGCACUUGACAAACAAUUUGAAAAAAUAAAACAAGAAAUACAUUUACAGGUACAAGAUCUGAGAACUGACUUUUUAGCGCUUGCAUUUAGAGUCAAAACAAAUGAAGAGAAAAUAGAGAAUUUAACAAUGAUGGAUCUAAUACAUAAGGAUAAUAUCAAACAGUAUGAUAUGAAAAUUGACAUCAUUGAGCAAAAAUUGGCGGAUAUAGAAGAUCAAUCACGACGACUAAAUUUGAGGAUAAGAGGGAUAGCAGAAUCUAUAUCCAAAGAUCAGUUGGAAAAAUAUCUCAAAGAAUAUCUAUUACAAAUUGGAAUAUAUCAAAAAGACCAGACGAUAGUAUGGGAACGAUGCCACAGAACGAUGAAACCAGCAAAUCUACCCUCAGAGACUCCCCGAGAUAUUAUGAUCUAUUGUUUAGAUCUACGUACAAAAGAAAAAAUAUUGAAAGCAUAUAGAGAAGCAACACCACAGGAACCAUUUCUAAAUAUUAAGAUUUUUCCGGACUUAUCUUACCAUACGCGCAUGAAGAGACGGCAAUAUGCACACUUGACUGAGAUCUUAAGGCAAAAACAAAUUCGCUAUCGUUGGGCGUUUCCAGUUAAAAUAAUUCUAACUUAUGAAUACAAAACGUGGACGUUAGAUUCGCCUGAAAAUUUGAGAAAAUGGCUAAUUGAGCAUAAAAUAACAGAAGCAGCAAACUCUUAG